GUUACUGAGUCUGGCAGGCAAGGAGUGUGACAGUAACAUUGAGUAGUUGAGAGAGAUCUUGGAGAAAUCCAUGCUAAUAACACUUCUCCUCCAUCAGGCCAGUAGCCCAAUAAGUCUCACAGUCCAGCAACCCAGGUUUGAGCCUGGCCCCCGAUGUUGUCUGUCUAGAGUUUGCACGUUCUCUCUAUCACCGCAAAAAAAGUUGUAAAUUCAGGUCUAUCGAUUGCUUCAGUCUGAUACAACGUAAAUGUGAUCAAGUUGAUGAACUGUCCAAGGGUUAGGAUUCCAAUCGCUUUGCAGUUACAUUGUUUAUCGCAAGCGACAGUGCAACAGGUCAGCUUUUAAGGAAUUACAGCAAUGCCUUCAGAAAAUACGAAAAACGCAGUUAAAGUCCAGUUGCCAUUAUUUGGUUUUUCCAACUUUAAGAUUAAAAGGGACAAACGUCAUCCAACUGAGUCGGACCGAGAAAACUUGGUUUCAAUUGAACGAGCAACUGCAUGGGGAAAUAUGAAACGUUUCAAAACUAAAUUGAAGCAAGUCACUAUUCUGCCGACUGUUGAUGAGGUCCAGGAAACGGAGGGACAUCCACUCGAAAGCAUUCAAGAGCCAGAACAAAUCAAAACAUCAAACUGUAAAAAAGUUCACCUUGCUUUCCUUCCUGACAAAUACGAGCCUUUGAUCGAGUCUCAGACCGAAAGUGUGAAUGAGAGCAAGGCAGACAAAAAAUACAAAAGAAAGCAAAAGCUUAAAAAGUGCAGGAAGGUAAAACAUUUUUAAAGUUCUUUGCGCUGGAUGGCAUUACUUUAUACUUGGCAUACAAGAAUUUGCAAAUAAUUAUACAACGCCAUACUCAACUUCUUUUGCUGUGAUUGGUGACAUGCGCUGAAGGACUGUGAAUAUUGAAAGAUUUCAUAUCUUGUAUUUAAUUUUCAUUUUAAUGGAAGGAAUAAUUAUACUUCUUAUUGGUAAUUUUUUAAAAGGUAUAUUAAUUUGAGGUCAACAUGAACUGCAUAGUUAUUAAGAAGUUAAAUGAUUAUUUGUGCCCAGGCUAAGCCAAAUGCUACAAUACAUUGUAAAAGUAAAUCAAUUUCAUCAUUAUUGUUACUACCGGUAUGGUAUGUCAUUUUCAUGAAUUGUAAUCAUGAAUGGUUUGUGAACCAGCAUCUCAU